CACAACGAAGCUAGAUGAUGGCGGAAGGCAAGCUAGUUGAGCUGCAAAGGCUCGAAUACUUGUCUUUGGUGUCCAAAGUCUGCACAGAACUUGACAAUCACUUGGGAAUAAAUGACAAAGAUUUGGCUGAGUUUGUCAUCAAUUUGGCUGAAAAGCAUCCCACAUUCGAUCCCUUCAAAGCGUCAUUGCUUAAAAAUGGAGCCGACUUUACAGAUUCGCUCAUCACCAAUUUGCUGCGACUCAUUCAGACCAUGCAUCCUGCAAAUCUUCCAUCCACAAGCAAAGCCUCCACAAGCUCCGCAAAGCCAAAGACGGAGGGUGACAAGCGCAGGGAGAUGUUCCCUGGUCUCUGCCAACCAAACAACCCAUCUGCAAGGACCAUGCUUGAGGCGGACAUUGAUGCCAAGAUCGCUGCUGAUGCCAUGAAGGAGCUGGAGAUGUUUAUGCCCAGCGUUCAAGAAACCAAGAAAGAGGAAGUCAAGGCCGAAAACGAAAGCAGCAGCAGCAAGAAGAGAAGCCGAAGUCGGAGCAGGGAGCGUGACCGUGACCGGCGGGGGCGCUCUCGAUCCCGUUCCCGUUCCCGCUCCAGGUCUCGUUCGCCGAGACGGGAGCGCAGGAGGGCGCGGCGUUCCCGCUGGGACGUGGACAGCGACGACUGGCGGGAGCGUGAACGGCAGGUGGAGCGUCCUCCCCCCGAGGAGCCCGUGGUGGGGGACAUCUACAACGGCAAGAUCAGCAGCAUCAUGCAGUUUGGCUGCUUUGUGCAGCUGGAAGGGCUGAGGAAACGCUGGGAGGGGUUGGUGCACGUCUCCGAGCUGCGGAAAGAAGGAAGAAUUGCCAACGUGGCGGACGUGGUCACCAAAGGUCAAAAGGUCAAGGUCAAAGUGUUGUCCUUCACCGGCUCCAAAACCAGCCUCAGCAUGAAGGACGUGGACCAAGAGACGGGCGAGGACCUGAACCCCAACCGGCGUAAGAACCUGCUGGGCGAGGGCACGGAGGACGCGGCCAGGAACCCCGACCGGCCCAUGGACCUGAACCACCAGGCGCCCGAGCUGGAGGAGGACACUACCGAGAAGAAGAAGAUGACCAAGGUCACCGACCUGGAGAAGUGGGAGAUAAAACAGAUGAUUGCUGCUAACGUGCUAUCUAAAGAGGACUACCCCGAGUUUGAUGAGGAGACUGGCAUUCUACCAAGAAUCGAUGAUGAAGAAGAUGAGAAUUUGGAUGUGGAGCUGGUGGAAGAGGAACCUCCUUUCCUGAGAGGACGCACCAAGCAAACCAUGAACCUGAGCCCCGUCAAGAUAGUCAAGAAUCCAGACGGUUCCAUGUCCCAGGCUGCCAUGAUGCAGGGUGCGUUAUCCAAGGAGCGCAGGGAGGUCAAGCAGGCCCAGAGAGAGGCCGAGAUGGACUGCAUCCCCACAGGUCUCAACAAGCAUUGGGUGGACCCCCUCCCCGACAUGGAGGGCAGGCAGAUCGCCCAGAACAUGCGUGGCAUCGGCAUCAUGCCUGACAUCGAUGUGCCGGAGUGGAAGCGCUACGCCCUGGGUGGCAACACGGUGUCGUACGGCAAGAAGACCCAGCUGUCCAUCAUCGAGCAGAGGGAGAGCCUGCCCAUCUACAAGCUGAAGGAGCAGCUGCUUCAGGCUAUCCAUGACAACCAGAUCUUGAUUGUGAUUGGUGAGACGGGCUCUGGGAAGACCACUCAGAUCACCCAGUACCUGGCGGAGGCCGGCUACACCACCAGGGGCAAGAUUGGCUGCACCCAGCCCAGGAGAGUGGCUGCCAUGUCCGUGGCCAAGAGAGUGUCGGAGGAGUACGGUUGCUGUCUGGGGCAGGAGGUGGGCUACACCAUCCGUUUCGAGGACUGCACGAGCACGGAGACGGUCAUCAAGUACAUGACGGACGGUAUGUUGCUGCGAGAGUUCCUGAUCGACCCCUCGCUCUCGCAGUACUCCGUCAUGAUGCUGGACGAGGCCCACGAGAGGAACAUCUACAUCGACAUUCUCUUCGGACUACUCAAAAACACUGUACAGUCUCGUAAAGAGUUGAAGCUGAUUGUCACCUCUGCAACGCUGGACGCUGUGAAGUUCUCUCAGUAUUUCUUCGAGGCUCCCAUCUUCACCAUCCCGGGUCGUACCUACCCUGUGGAGGUCCUCUACACCAAAGAACCUGAGACUGACUACCUGGACGCUAGUCUCAUCACCUGUAUGCAGAUCCACCUGACGGAACCUCCAGGUGACAUCCUGGUGUUCCUGACUGGUCAGGAGGAGAUUGACACGGCCUGUGAGAUUCUCUACGAGCGCAUGAAGUCUCUCGGCCCUGAUGUCCCUGAGCUCAUCAUCCUCCCAGUCUACUCGGCCCUGCCCAGCGAAAUGCAGUCCAGGAUUUUUGACCCAGCACCUGCUGGAAGUAGAAAGGUCAUCAUCGCCACCAACAUUGCAGAGACAUCACUGACCAUCGAUGGCAUCUAUUACGUGGUGGACCCUGGCUUUGUGAAGCAGAAUGUCUACAACUCCAAAUCCGGAAUCGAUCAGCUGGUCGUCACACCCAUCUCACAGGCCCAGGCCAAGCAACGUGCGGGUCGAGCCGGCAGAACCGGGCCGGGGAAAUGCUACCGGCUGUACACAGAGAGAGCCUACAGAGACGAGAUGCUCACCACCAACGUACCUGAGAUCCAGAGGACCAACUUGGCCAGCACUAUGCUGUCGCUUAAGGCCAUGGGCAUCAAUGACCUGCUGUCAUUUGACUUCAUGGAUGCUCCACCUAUGGAGACAUUGGUGACAGCCAUGGAGCAACUCUACACUCUGGGGGCCCUGGAUGACGAGGGACUACUCACUCGCCUCGGUCGCAGGAUGGCUGAGUUUCCCCUGGCCCCCAUGUUGUGUAAGAUGCUGAUCAUGUCAGUGCACUUGGGCUGCAGUGAGGAGAUGCUGACCAUCGUAUCCAUGCUGUCUGUCCAGAACGUCUUCUACAGGCCAAAGGAUAAGCAACUGCAGGCUGAUCAGAGGAAGGCCAAGUUCCACCAGUCAGAAGGAGAUCAUCUUACCUUGCUGGCGGUCUACAACUCUUGGAAGAACAACAAAUUCUCCAACCCCUGGUGCUUUGAGAACUUCAUCCAGGCCCGGUCCCUGCGCAGAGCCCAGGAUAUCCGCAAACAGAUGUUGGGCAUCAUGGACCGGCACAAGCUGGACAUGGUGUCCUGCGGGAAGGCCACGGUGCGUGUCCAGAAGGCCAUCUGCAGUGGUUUCUUCCGUAACGCGGCCAAGAAGGAUCCUCAAGAGGGCUACAGGACGCUCAUCGACCAGCAAGUGGUCUUCCUGCACCCUGCCAGCUCGCUCUUCAACAGGCAGCCAGAGUGGUUGGUGUACCACGAGCUGAUUUUAACCACCAAGGAGUACAUGCGCGAGGUGACCACCAUCGAUCCACGCUGGCUGUGUGAGUUUGCACCGGCGUUUUAUAAAGUCUCGGACCCGACGCGUCUCAGCAAGCAGAAGAAGAUGCAGCGCCUUGAGCCUCUCUACAACCGAUACGAGGAGCCCAACGCCUGGAGAAUUUCCAGAGCCUUCCGCCGACGAUAGUAGUUGUGUUGGAGAAAAUGAGAACACAGGAAGAGGAGAAUGUAGAAAAAUCUUACGUUUUGCCCCUCUGCACUCACUGGCAUUGCCAACGCUGCCAUCCAACACCUAACUACUACAUCCUUCACCCUUUUUGCUUUUGUUUGACGUAAGUCUUAUCGAAGAGAAGGGCAAAGCCUCACAUUGUGUUGUGCUUCCAACCAAUUGACUUCCACAGACAUUUCCUUCGAGAGUGACCUCCGUAGUGGACAUUUAAAGCGAUACCAUUUUACAUCUCCCUUGAAUUAAAUGAUUGUGUUCUACCUUUUUCCUGUACUUUCUGCCAGCUAGCAGCCAGCUGGUCCCACAUUCAAGGAUCAUUUCUAACUUAGUUUAAUGAUGUUACUUCUAGCUCUAAGGGAAUGGCUGGAAGUUCAGGAGAAAGAUAAAACUCCAUGAUUUAUCUCCAAGGGAGUUGUAAAAUUAACUCAUUUCCAUGAGCUAAUUUCCAUGGUGUAGUGUUGCUUUAACACUCUCCACUCCAGCUUAGAUUUCAUAUUCCACAGAGACAGUAUCAUCCCCUUUUUGCCUUACAGUUUUCUCCAUAUGCCCAACAAGCAUUGCAGAUUAAAAUGGUCUGUUUUCUUCUUUUUUUAAAAAAAAAAUACUGUAACACCUGGUUUUGUUUUAUGAAUCGUGUACAAGUAUAUAUCAAUUCAGAUUAAUAGAUUGUUUUAUGGAGAUAUCUUCACCAUAGGAGAGAGGAAGGGGGUGUUGGGAUGAUAAUUGGUUUUAGGCAGAAUCCAGACCUAUAUUUGAUGACUAGAAUGGGGAACGGAAGGACAUAACCCAAUUUAAUUAUUUUUUUCCCAUGUGGAAGUCUCUUAAUGGGACCAGCUAUCUCAAGCAGAUGCGAUUCUUGUGGAACUGAACGUGUCUGUCUGCAGCAGAGAGAGAGAUGGAGGGAGGGAGUAACGUAUUUAUGAAUCAUAAAAAAAACUUUUUUUUAUUGUGUUGACAGAAUAGCCAACAGGAAGCUGGGUUACUAUAAUGUGUGGGUCUGCAAUUGAUUGGUUAACCUACGUAUAAAGCAGUAAUGUCCAAUUCUCCGGUGUCUUUUCAGCAUUGUCUUUCUUUUUGCUAUCCUGGAACCUGUACAUACCCAUUAGAUUGUCUGGCACCAUGCUUAAUGGAUUUUGAUUAAAUGUUUUUGAUAUAUCAA